AUGAAUCUUUCAUUAUUUUUAUUUUUAAUUGGUAUCUUAGGGUUUAUAUUAAAUAGAAAAAAUAUAAUUCUAAUGAUAAUAGCCAUAGAAAUAAUGUUACUAGCAGUAACUUUAUUAGUAUUAAUAUCAUCUUAUAGUUUUGAUGAUAAUGUAGGACAAACCUUUAGUAUAUAUAUUAUUUCUAUUGCAGGAGCAGAAUCUGUUAUAGGUUUAAGUAUUCUUGUUGCUUAUUAUAGAUUAAGAGGAACUAUUUCUUUAAGAACAUAA